CUACUCUACUGGGAGUCUGGGCCGAGCUGGCCUGGCCGGGACACUGCGCCUGCCUCACUGUGCCGCAGCGCCACGGCUGCCAGCUCCUACUACCUCUCUACCUGAGCACCCACUGUUCCUCGGCUACUACUCGGCUCGGCGAAACCUUAUCCUUUCCCCGUAUGCUCAGCCCGCCACUAGUGACGAAGAACACACAGCACGCGUGCCACCAACGCAGCGAGCUCAGAGCCUCAGAUACGCAUCAGUUGGCAGGCAGCCGCGGCAAAGCUGCGGAGGGGAAGAGCGAUAAGUAGUAGAGGCGGGGCGGGGCGGGGUGUUGGUACACGCGCGGCCCGCGAGUAGACGAUACAUACCGCGCGUUGCCACCGGGAGCUUACCGACACCGAGAAGCGGCCGCGCGGGGCGAGCGGGGGCGAAGCUAGCUAGUGCCCGUCGGCCGGCCGCGACCCCGCCCGCCAUGUCGGCGCUAGUGGACGCGCUAUGCGCGCCGACCGGCGACGCCGCGGCGCUCAUCUACGACACCUUCAACGCCGCUAGCUUCCUCUUCGACGGGCCCGCGGCGGCGGCGCUCUACGACGGCGCCGGCAUUGUCGAGUGCCCGCCGCCCGCGCAGCAGCAGCAGCAGCAGCAGGCGGCCGAGGCCGCGGGGGAGACGCAGGCGGCGACGUCGUCGGCGCCGACCAGGGUCAGGAAGCGGCGGCGGCGGGCGCGGAGCUGCAAGUCCAGGGAGGAGACCGAGACCCAGCGGAUGACGCACAUCGCCGUGGAGCGCAACCGCCGCCGCCAGAUGAACGAGUACCUCGCCGUGCUCCGCUCCCUCAUGCCGGAACCCUACGUCCAGAGGGGCGACCAAGCUUCCAUUGUCGGAGGGGCAAUCGAGUUCGUGAAGGAGCUCGAGCAGCAGCUGCAGUGCCUCGAGGCGCAGAAGCGAAAGCUGCUGGUUCAUCAGCACAAGGCGGCGAAGCCCGACGCGACGCCGAUGCACCACUCCGCCAGCAGCAGCAGCACCAAGGCCCCAGCCGGUACCACGGCCUGCGUGGAAACCGCGGCUGCGACGGCGGUUGCGGCGACGACGAGCAACUGCAGCAGCAGCGUGACCGAGGACGCGGCCGACCACGCGCCACCGCCCCCGUUCGCGCAGUUCUUCACGUACCCGCAGUACGUGUGGUGCCACUCCCCGCGCGACCCUGCGUCGUCGGCGGCGGCGGCGGCGGCGGAGGACGGCGGCGGGCGGCCGGGGGUGGCCGACAUCGAGGUGACCCUGGUGGAGACGCACGCCAGCCUCCGCGUGAUGACGCCGCGGCGGCCCGGGCAGCUGCUCGGCCUCGUCGCCGGGCUGCAGGCGCUCCGCCUCGGCGUGCUCCACCUCAGCGUCACCACGCUGGAGUCCCUGGUCCUCUACUCCAUCAGCGUCAAGGUGGAGGAAGGGUGCGGCCUGGCGACGGUGGAGGACAUCGCCGCCGCCGCGCACCACGUGCUCUGCCUCAUCGACGCCGCCGAACCCACCGAGCAGGGCCCGCGAUAGGGGCCGCCGCCGCGCGACGCGAGCCGGCCGACGACGUCCCCGGCGAUCGAGGAGACAGGAGAGGGCCAUUUGAUGCAGAUGCCGUGGCUCCGGUCACGUACACGGCCGGGUCCUUUUGGCCGAGGCGGCCGGGCUUGUGACUCGUCAGCGAGCGAUGCCGAGCGCGCCUCGUGUGUUUGCCGUGCGUCUUGCUGUGGACGGAACUGCCGUUUUGCAGGGCUCGGUGGAAUGUCUCGAUGUAACUGUGUAGUUUUUUUUUCUUUUUUCCCUUCACUUUCUUUUUGGUUUUUCAAUUAGAUGUUCAAGCGUGUUGUUGGCAUGUCGUCGCAAUGUUUCGCCUCGCAUUUUAUGUGAAGGUUAGCUUCUUCAGCUCCAUAUUGUUCACAAGAAUUUCCACAGCUCUUGGAACA